AUGUGUAAGUGUGAUGCAUUUUCAUUCAUUUAUUGGAUGAAGAAUCAUAUUGAUAUCAUUCACCAAGGAUCCAAUCUAACAUGUCUGUACAUAAAUGGGUCACAAGUCAAGUUCACAGAAUUGGAUGUGACAUAUAUGAAAUUUGAAUGCUGGAAGAGUGUUAUAAUGGCGUCAGGGAUAUCUGUUGGAUUUGUUCUCUUGAUUGUUGGACUUGUUAUCUAUGGAUAUAAACGUAGGUACAAGAUUAUGUAUGUAAUUCUACAUCUUAGGGCAUUGUUAAGACGAAACCAGUUGCCAGCUGUCGAUUACGACUUUGAUGGUUUUAUAAGCUACAGUUCUUUGGACAAAAACUGGGUUCUAAAUAACAUCUAUGGUAAGUUAGCCGCUCAAUAUGGAUAUAACAUUUGUUUGGAUGACCGCAACUUUAGACCCGGCCCAUAUAUAUCUGACAUUAUUGUUGAGAGUAUCAGCAAGAGCAACAAAAUCAUUUUAAUAAUCAGCCAGAAUUUCCUAAGAAGUGGCUGGUGUAAAUUUGAAAUGAAUCUGGCAAGGGGUGAGCUUUCAACAAGGGGACGUGAUUGCUUGAUCUUGAUUCUCAAAGAGCCAGUAGAAUUACUCCCACCAGAGCUGAUAUCUCUCACUCUGCGAUCUCUGCUGGAGACGCGAGUGUACCUGCAAUGGAGUGAAGAAAAUGACAGGAAAUUGUUGUUCUGGAGGAAGAUGAGAAAUUCACUAGGAGAUCCUAGAUUCAAAGGAGAAGAGGAUACUCCCUAUCUGUAUCAGAACAAUGAUGGAGAUGAUGAGAUGAAUCAGACUCUUUUAGAACCUUAGACUCUAUUUUGUCUGAUUUAGCAUUCUUGGAGGUUUUCAAAUUAAUAUGUUUGGUUUUAUUAGCAAUCAUACAAUUGUUGUAAAUGUAUAUAAAUGUAUAAUGUAAAUAUAAAUGUAUAAUAAUUUA